AUGGACAAAGGUGACUAUGUUGCAGCCGCCGCCAAAGCUGCAGGUGAAUUGUACUGCUACGGACACAGCAACGUGCCGUUCAAGCCAACCAAAGCCAAGGAUGUUCAGUUCCGGCCCAAUGCCAACCAGGCCAUGUCCUACUUCGUAGGAGCCAAGGCUGUGAGUGAUGGAACUCCGGAGGAUGGCGGCUUCGCAAUCAAUGGCGGCAAGGGCUGGUCCGAGGUUGUCUUUGAUAACCACCAGAUCGACUGCCACGGCUCGGUUGCAAUCGCCAUGGGAAACUAUUACUUUACAAAUGCAACGGACCAGAGCAAAACCAAGGUGAAGUAUACCUUUGGUUACAAGCGAUGUCCUGACGGCCGCGUGCGAAUCUGCCUCCACCACUCAUCGGUCCCGUUCGCGGGCUGA